AUGGACUUCUGCCCUCAAUGUGCAAAUGUUCCAGUUUCUGUGCAGCUUCAGACCGAGGGAUACGCCGCGUUCCAGGAGAACAGUUCUGCCGAUGAGGCCGAGAGCCCGUCUAAGAUGAAGCGCUCCAAGGGCAUCCACGUCUUCAAGAAACCCAGUUUCUCUAAGAAGAAAGAAAAGGACUUCAAAGUGAAGGAGAAGGGGCCUAAAGAGGAGAAGGCUAAGGACAAGAAGUCCAAAGACCUGACGGCAGCGGACGUCGUGAAACAGUGGAAGGAGAAGAAAAAGAAGAAAAAGCCCAGCGCCGAGCCCGAACCCAUCGUCACGGAGACGGCGACGACGUUCCGGCCGAUCUUCGGAGCGCCUUUAGCGGAAGCGGUGAGGAGAACGGCGCUGUAUGACGGAAUACAGCUCCCAGCCGUCUUCAGAGAGUGUGUGGACUACAUCGAGAGCUAUGGCAUGAAAUGUGAAGGCAUCUAUCGUGUCUCUGGUAUGAAGUCAAAGGUUGACGAGCUGAAAGCAGCGUACGAUCGCGAGGAGUGUCCGUGUCUGGAGGAGUAUGAUCCUCACACGGUGGCCAGCCUGUUGAAGCAGUACCUGCGAGAGCUGCCAGAUAACCUGAUGUGUAAAGAGCUGGCCCCACGUUUCGAGGAGGCCUGCGGACGGCCCAGCGAGGCAGAGAAACUGCUGGAGUUUCAGAGGCUCCUUGGGGAGGUUCCAGCGGGGAGCAGAAUCCUUCUGGCCUGGCUCAUCACUCACAUGGACCACGUCAUCGCCCGCGAGACAGACACCAAGAUGAACAUCCAGAACAUCUCUAUUGUGCUCAAUCCCACCGUACAGAUCGGGAAUCGUGUGCUGUACGUGUUUUUCACUCACGUCCGUGAGCUGUUCGGUGAUGUGGUUCUGAAGCCGGUCGUCCGUCCUCUGCGUUGGUCCAAUAUGGCCACCAUGCCGACCCUACCUGAGACCCAGGAGAGCAUUAAAGAAGAGAUCCGCAGACAGGAGUGUGAGACUAAAAUCGCGCAGGAAAUCGCCAGUCUAUCUAAAGAGGACGUAUCAAAGGAGGAGAUGUCUGAGAACGAGGAGGAAGUCAUUAAUCUUCUCCUGGCUCAGGAGAAUGAGAUCCUAACAGAGCAGGAGGAGCUGAUAUCACUGGAGCAGGUGCUGCGCCGGCAAAUUGCCACAGAGAAAGAAGAAAUUGAGCGACUGCGUGCGGAGAUCGCAGAUAUACAGAGCCGUCAACAGGGCCGCAGUGAAACAGAGGAGUAUUCAUCAGACAGCGAGAGUGAGAGUGAAGAUGAAGAGGAACUGCAGAUGAUUCUAGAAGACCUGCAGAAACAGAACGAAGAGCUUGAGAAUAAAAACACUCAUCUGAAUCAGGCCAUCCAUGAGGAACAGGAGGCCAUAUUGGAACUGCGUGUUCAGCUCCGCCUCCUUCAGACUCACAAGCUACAGCAGGAGCUCACAUCCACGCCCACUUCCGAACAGGCCCCGCCCUCCCAGCCCAGCCCAGAGGAACGAUCUAGAGCGGACGAGCCAAUCAAACGUGCCGCAGUGGUCGCCAUGGAACCCACUGCCGCAGCCGCUGCCGCCCCAGCCAAUGGGAAGCCUGGAAAAGAUGCCAUGAAGCCAUCGCCCAGCAAAGACAAGAGGGAGGCCAACCUGUAAACCAUCUGACCAUCACUACACCUGCGCUUGUGUUUGCUCAUCACGUAACUGUGACAUCUUGGGUCCAGGGUCAACAAGGUGAAGUGAGAUGGUCGUUACACUGGGAGAAAAUUGGACAGCAGAGGACGGAGGCAAGAUGUGAUUUGUAGGUCAAUAGGUCUAAAGAGAGGCGAGUAUGGGAAACAUUUCUGAUUGGUCAUCAUCACAAUGGAGUGAAAUUGGAUUCUUUUGACACGUUUAAGUCUGUAUGUGAAAUUGCAGCAGCACAAUCAGAUCUUUGUGUGUGUGCUCAGAUUCGUUCUGCCCUUUGACCCCUGUCUAAAAAGAUAGGCUGAUUCUCUUUUUCAAAAUAGUUAAGAGUGUUAAGGGUUUGUGUUUAAAAAUCCCAAGUUUGUUAAA